CAGCUUCGAUGUUUCGGGCCCUUAUAAGAACGUGAUAUACGUUCGAUUGUCCACACCCACCACAAUAUGGCGUCGCACACCAGUUCUCUGACUCAGGUUCCCGUGCAUGAUGAAAUGUCGGUGGCGGCCCCCGGAGCUGAGGACAACAGCAAAUUUGCUAUGUCUCAAGACUCGAAAGAGGAGGCAAUCAAGAACCUGGAGGAUAAUUGGGACGAUGACGAGCGGAAUCCACGAAACUGGUCCACGAGCAAGAAAUGGUCGUCAGCCGCGGUGGUUUCAUUCUACACGUUUGUCAGCCCAUUGUCCUCCAGUAUCAUGGCACCCGGCCUCCCCCAGAUUGGGAUUCGAUAUCACAUAACGAACGAGACCGUGUUGUCCAUGACGCUCUCUAUCUUCUUGAUCACCUUUUCCUUGGGGGCUUUGUUCCUUGCCCCCCUUUCGCUUCUAAAUAUCAUGAACGUACUGUCCAUUGGGUUCAGUCUGGGGUGUGCCUUCGCGCCGAACCUGGCGAGCUUGCUUGUGUUCCGAUUGCUCCUUGGCCUCUCGGGAAGUGCACCAGUAGCCUUCGGAGGUGGUGUCAUCAGUGACCUCUUCUCUGAACGCGAUAGAACGGCUGCCAUGGCAAUAUACAGUUUGGGGCCACUCAUUGGUCCUGUGGUGGGACCGAUCGCUGGGGGAUUCAUCACGGAGACAAUCGGAGUCAAAUACGUAUUUGUUCUGGUGGGGGGGCUUCAAGCUUUCGGCGCAAUUGCAGGGAUUCCUAUCUUUCGAGAAACGUACUCGCCCUAUAUCCGUUCGAAGUUGGCACGGCAGUCUUCCGACCCUGAGAAGGCGGCUACGGCAAACACGGGACUUGCUCAGGAACGUACAACAUUCAUGCGCUCCCUGUGGAUCAAUAUCUCUCGGCCAGCAAUUCUGCUCUUUGGCAGCACGAUCUGUUUCUUGCUCAGUCUUUACAUUGCCUUGUGGGUCUUUCUAUUCUAUUCGGGGUUUUCUCUGAGCAUUUUUGCAGCAUAUUACUUGAUGUUUACUGUCUUCAGCAAACUCUUCACUGACACCUACAGUUUCAAUGCGGGCACAAAUGGAUUAGCUUACAUUGGCCUUGGUGUUGGCUUUCUUUUUGCAUCUCUGUUCAGUGCUCAGUGGGGGAAAGAUAUCUAUGUUAAGCUUUCAGAGAAGAAUGGUGGAAUAGGGGAGCCAGAGAUGCGGAUCCCUCCACUGAUCAUUGGCUCCUUCUUUGUCCCCAUUGAUGGUAUGGUUGGUCAGCACAAGCAAGGAUCCACUGGAUUAUGCCCAUCAUUGGUUCUGGAAUAUUUGGAUUUGGUGUGUGAACACCUUGGUCUUCAGAAAGUGUUGUUGACAAACUGUGGGUCAGGAAUGAUGUCAACAUUUCUUUCCACCCAAUUGUACCUGGUGGACACAUUUCAAUUUGCUGCUAGUGCUCUUUCUGCAUCCUCAAUCUUCCGGUCCCUCUUUGGGUUUAUUUUCCCCUUGUUUGGCCAGCAGAUGUACAAUGCAUUGGGCCAAGGAGGUGGAAAUUCCCUUCUAGCAGGGUUGUCCAUUGUGCUUGGAAUUCCUUUCCCUCUUUACCUCUGGUUUCAUGGGAAGCAGAUGCGAGAACAAAGCAAGCUGACUAGGUGAUAUAAACAUUCUUUAAAGAU